GGUUGGUUGGAUCUGGGCACUGGGGCGUUGGUGGCAGCGCUGAGGGGCCCCCCUCUGCCCCAUCAUGGUGUCUGCUCUCACCGUCCUCCUCGGCUGCUGGCUGGCUGGGCGGAGCGGGGCGUUGGGACAGGGGUCCCUCCCCAAACCCUCCAUCUCCAUCAGCCCCGGUGGGGUGAUCCCCAUAGGGGGAAACGUCACCAUCCGGUUUUGGCAUCAGCGCCUGGGCAUGAGGUUCAUCCUCUCCAAGGAUGGAGAUGGGAACCUUCCGACAUACAGGGACCCUGCUAGUUAUGUGGCUGAAUUUCCCAUCACCAGCGCCAGACGGGAACACGGGGGCAGCUACACCUGUUGUUAUAUCUACAGAACAGGACCAGCUGCCUUCUCGGAGCCCAGCGACCCUGUGCAGAUCAUUGUAGCAGGUGGGGCCCAGCCCAGCACCUCGGCUCCCAGCCCCACACCCAGCCAGGCCCCCAGGGGGUCUCUGUGAGCCCUGACCCCGCAGAGGGGACGCCCGGCUGGGGAGCGGGGAUGGAGUCACUGGGGGGUUCCCCAGCCAGUGGGGAGCAGUAGCCCCUGGAGACUCGGGGCAGGGAGGCGACUUUAACGCUGCCCCUUGUGGGUAGGAGCCGUGAGUCGCUAUUUAAUCCCGUGAUCCCCUCCGCUCUGUUCUCCAGGCCCCGCCGCAGGCAGUGCCCCGGCCGGAGCUGAAUGAGGCAGGGGCUGCAGGGGAAGUGGUGGCUUGGUGGACACAGUGCUGGGCUGGGACCCAGGAGAUCUGGCCCAGCUCCUGGCGCAGCCACAGACACUGUGUGAUGGGAGCACAUCGCAGUUUCCAAAAGUGUUCUUCCUUGUGGGGGGGCCUCAAUCUUGGGGGAUCUGAGGCUGAGCGCCCACAAACCGAGACACCCCCAGAUAGUGGAGACCUCUGCAAACACUGGCUUCAGUAGCGCUGGAUCCCUUGUGUUGGGGGAGCAUGAAGGGCCCCAGCCAUGAUCAAGGCCCCUUUGUGCCCAGCGCUGCAUAAACACAGAGUGAAGAGACCGUCCCUGCCCCUGGGAGCUCACUAAGAAAAGUGAAUCUGUCUGUGCCUCAGUUUCCAAACUGUAGAAUGGGGAUAAAGACCCCUCCCUGCCUCCUGGUGGGCUGGGAGGGUGACUCUUUUCCUGUGUGGGGCUCAGCCCCCUGCCCCUCUUCCCCCCCUUUGACGCUGCUCUCUCCACCGCCCUCCUCCUUCCAGGUGAGCCGUGCACCAGAGG